AUGGACGCAGAGAUGGCCUCCUGGAAGUCCACAGGCACCUACGUAGACGAGGUUCCCCCUCCUGGGGCGAACAUCGUCAGUGGCAUGUGGAUUUUCAGGGUGAAGCGGCCGCCGGGUUCUCCACCUGUCUUCAAGGCGCGCUACGUGGCUCGAGGCUUCAGUCAGCGAGAGGGAGUAGACUUCUUUCAGACCUUCUCCCCCACCCCGAAGAUGACUACUCUUCGGGUGCUGCUGCACAUAGCCGCUCACCGCGACUACGAGCUUCACUCUCUUGACUUCAGCACUGCUUUCUUGCAGGGCAGCCUGCACGAGGAGAUCUGGCUGCGCCGCCCCCCUGGCUUCACUGGGUCAUUUCCUCCUGGCACCCAGUGGAGGCUUCAGCGGCCGGUCUACGGUCUCCGCCAGGCGCCACGUGAGUGGCACGACACACUGAGGACGACACUUGCGGCUCUUGGGUUCGCUCCCUCUACUGCUGACCCGUCGCUGUUUCUACGCACCGACACCUCGCUGCCGCCGUUCUACAUCCUCGUGUACGUCGACGACUUGGUCUUUGCCACUGCUGACACCGCGGCACUCGCUCACGUGAAGUCGGAGCUGCAGAGGAGACACACGUGCACAGACCUGGGUGAGCUGACGAGCUAUCUUGGCUUGCGGAUCACCCGGGACAGAGCGCGGCGCACCAUCACCCUGACUCAGUCACACAUGGUGCAGCAGGUUCUCCAGCGCUUCCGCUUCACGUACUCCUCGCCUCAGUCCACUCCUCUGCCUACCGGUCACUCGCUCUCAGCUCUGCCUUCGGAUGAGUCCGUAGAGCCGAGUGGCCCGUAUCCAGAGCUUGUGGGCUGCCUCAUGUACCUGAUGACCUGCACUCGACCUGACCUUGCAUACCCUCUUAGCAUCCUAGCACGCUAUGUCGCUCCUGGCCGUCACCGGAAGGAGCACAUGGAUGCUGCUAAGAGGGUGUUGCGCUACUUGUGCAGUACGUCGGGCAUGGGGCUUGUGCUUGGAGGGCGAGACCGGGUUGUUCUCACAGGGCACUCAGACGCUUCUUGGGCAGACGACCAGGCUACUCAGCGGUCGUCCCAGGGUUACACCUUCAGCCUUGGCUCUGGCUCAGUUUCUUGGCGUUCUACUCGCUCUUCUUCUGUUCUCAGCUCCAGUUGUGAGGCUGAGAUCUACGCCACAGCCAUGGCUGCUCAGGAGCUACGCUGGCUGACCUACCUGCUGACCGACCUCGGAGAGCGGCCUCGUUCUCCUCCAGUGCUGUACGUUGACAACAAGGCUGCCAUUGCCUUGUGUGAGGAGCACAGACUGGAGCACAGAACGAAGCACAUCGCUCUGCGGUACUUCCUUGCUCGAGAGCUGCAGCAGCGUGGUCAGCUUUGUCUGCGUUACGUGGCCACGGAGGCCAACACUGCUGAUGUGUUCACCAAGGCGCUUCAGCCUUGUGACCAUCAGCGCUUUUGCACUCUACUAGGCCUUGUACCUACUGGGCCUCACUUGCUUACCUCUUGA